AUGGAUCUCAUGCAAAGUAUCGUCAAGUACGCAACGCUGUUAAUUGCGUCCUUCAAUAUCGUCUGCGGGUCUGCCAUUGUUGGUGGGCAUCUGCUGCCGAGAGACGUCGUGCCUAACAUGAUCGAAUCUUCGUUUGGGAUGAUGAUGGAUACUACCGGUAGUACAACGAUAGUACAGAGUACAUCCUCAGCGGAGCGAUUGUACAACAUUGUGUUUGGAUUGCUAGCGCUACAAUUGGGACUUGUUCGAGUCCUGGGAGUGUGGUACUGGCAACAGGCUCCUCAUACCUGUAUCAUGGCCAUUCUGGCGACAACCUUUCUUAUUGAAUUUGCCCGUGACGGAACAAUGAUCCGUGAAGGACUGAUUGGUCUUGACGAAGCCGUUGCAUUCUUCCCCAGUGCUGUUCUGAUGGCUGCGUAUCUGGGCCUGGUUGUGGCUAGCGUGAGGCGGAACCAUAGAGGAGAAGAUAAGAAACAGACAUGA